CCUGGACGCCAUCAUCAUGGCGUCGCGUCGUCGCAACAUGUUUACGGGGGAAACGCUGGACGAGGUGAGCGAGAAGCACAACCUCAAGCUCGACUAUGCAGCGAUGCUCCAAGUGCAGAUUCGCGAGCAAAACGAAAAGAAGGAGCAGCUUAAACACCAAAAGCAAGAGGAGCAGCGCCGAGAACGUGAAGAAAUGGACCGCAUGCACAGCGGCAAGCCCAGUGCAAAGAACAGUGCGCCGCCACCUCCCAACGACCCGCCCCGCCGUGCACUGUCCCCUGAAAAGAGACAACAAACGCAGCACACAAUGAAUGCGCCGGGACCCGUGCCAGCGCCAAGUCAACCAGUGAUGCAUGCACCGUCCCCCCCUCGACCCAUGUAUCCCGAACAGCCGUCGCCGAUGCAGGCGAGUCCGGCGUACCGACCCAGCUUUACGCUACCGUCUGUCUUUGGAUCCGCGCUACCAGCUGCGGCGUCCAUCUUUCCGUCGCGCAAUAGUACCGGUGGUCCUUCUCAGGAAAUCGACGCGGUGCAGCGGCUCCGCCACGAGAUCGAAGAGGCUCGAAAACAAAAACUUCAAGUCUCCAAGGAAAUGUACCAAAAACCGAAUUUCAUGCUGCAAAUGGACCCGCCCAAGGCGCUCAAUGUGCUGCCUCGGCCACGAAGCAGUCAUCGCAUGAGCAGCAGCAGUAACAAAAACAACAACAAUUUACUGCUCGACUCGCCACUUGCCAAAGAAGAACGACGGGUGUUUGGCUUUGGAACCCUCGCGCCAGCAACGUCUCGUCCACCUACGCCUAGUCUCGAUGCGCCGUCCAACCAGCUCGAAAGCAGCAGCUCGUUCGUGUCCGUCGUCAGCGGCGAUCGAGCCACGCCCCGCGGCGCCUCUCUUCAGGUUGAGAGCUGCUUCGUGCCCUAUGUCGGUCGGCCGCUUGCAGAGCCGCAAGACUCGUACUAUGCCAAUGAAACCAAGAAGAAGAGUCAUCCAAGUGCUUUCGAAGGCCUGGAAGACUCGAUCGACGACAUUGAUGCAGUGCUCCACGCCUUCUUGGCCAAACAGAGAUAGACAGCCAAAUGCAGUUGACAUGGCGACCUUGCG